CUUUUUCUAUCUAUUCAACCCCUGUCUCUGUAUCUCUCUUUCUCUCCCCCCUUUGUCGUCGUCCUCUUCAUUCUGCCGUGUGCGUCUUCUUCUCUGCUAGGGUUUCCUCCAUGAUGUGAUUACACCGUCAAGCUCCGAUCUAUCCGAUUACUCAUACAGGGCACGCGUCUGAAAACACAACUGAUUCACGGCCUGGUUGGACUCAUAGAGAACAAUCAGUUGGCUUGAUUAUCAAACUAUCGUCACUUUUGCCCGAUGACGAUUUGUAUACCAGCUUGCUCUAUUCAUUGUAGCUUCUUUUCUUGUCUCUUCCUUCCCCUUGGUGGUGUUGGGAAAGGAGAGAAAUCAUUGGUUUAGUUGAACUUUGAUAGUGAAAAUCAUAUAGAAAAAUCACGGAAAGCUGAGGUUAUAGGAGAUGCCUCGUGAUUUAUCACGAUCUCGUUCACCGUCGUAUAGACGAAGGCAUUCACCAUCUCCAGUGGUGCAUCGGCAUAGCAGGAGGAACCGAAGAGACAGGAGCCGGUCCCCAUAUGCUUAUUCUCACAGCAGAAGAAAGAGCCGCUCUAAUACUCCAAGGCGCCGAAAAAGCCGUUCUCCCACAUCAAGACGUCGUAAGAGCCGCUCUCCCACUCCUAGGCGUUAUAAAAGGCAUCGGAGCAGGAGUUCAUCCUUGUCUCCUUUCCAUAAAUCGCCUAGUUCAAGCCUUGAGUUGGUAGAGCGGAAAAAUAGCAAUGAGAAAUUGAAGAAAGAAGAGGAGGAGGAGAAGAAAAGGCGCCAACAGGAAGCAGAAUUGAAAUUAAUAGAAGAAGAGACCGCAAAGAGGGUGGAGGAAGCUAUCAGGAAAAAGGUGGAAGAGAGCUUGAAUACUGAGGAGAUCAAACUGGAAAUACAGAGGCGAUUGGAGGCAGGACGGCGAAAACUUCACGAUGAAGUUGCUGCUCAGCUAGAGAAAGAAAAGGAUGCUGCGCUCAUCGAGGCUCGUAGAAAAGAGGAGCAAGCUCGCAAGGAGAAGGAAGAGCUCGAAAGGAUGCUCGAGGAGAACAGGAGGAAAGUGGAGGAAUCUCAGAGAAGGGAGGCUCUAGAGCAGCAGAGGAGGGAGGAGGAGCGGUUCCGGGAGCUAGAGGAGCUCCAGAGACAGAAAGAGGAGGCGAUGAGGAGGAAGAAGCAACAGGAGGAGGAGGAACGGUUGAAUCAGAUGAAGCUGCUGGGGAAGAACAAGUCCCGCCCUAAACUCUCAUUUGCUCUCGGCUCGAAAUGAUUGUUGAAACUUGACAGCUUGUCAUUUUUACUUGGAUUCGGGAUUUGCCGUGUAACAAGAUUGUACUGAAUAAUAGUAUGUAGUGUAUGCAUUUUUUUUUACUGUCGA